AUCUCGCGGAGGGCGCUUGGACCAAAGAAGGUGACGCUGCAGCACGCGUCUAGCAGGAUCGCUUCGACGCGUCCGCAUCGACAGGCCAGGGGAGCCGAGGCGUCCAUGGAGGCGACGGGCGUGUUCGGCUUCGGCGGCGAGGGCGGCGACGCGGUGUCGGUGGCGGGGGCGGUGGCGGGCCGGCGCACGCCGCUGGGCGCGGUGCCCGGAUUCUACUUCCCGCCCCCACCUCCCCCGCAGCCGCAGCCGUCGGCGGUGCCGCCCCACCACCCGCCGCCAGCACAGCAGCACCCGCUGGCGCACGGGCUGCUCGCCUCUCACCACGGCGCGCCCGACGAGAACAGCCCCGCCGCGGCGCGCAGGUCACAUCACCAUCAGCAACACCAAAAUCAACAGCAACAACGUGGGAACAUUCCAGGGAUCCCCAAUAAUGGUGUAGGUGUCUCCUCUGGGGCUGCCAACAAAGCCAAAGCCCGCCAGGGAAAGCUGGUGCGACUGAACAUCAAUGCACGUGAACGACGGCGCAUGCAUGAUCUUAAUGAUGCCUUGGAUGAACUUCGUAGUGUCAUCCCCUAUGCACAUUCACCAUCAGUCCGGAAGCUGUCCAAGAUAGCCACUCUACUAUUGGCUAAAAACUAUAUACUAAUGCAGGCAAAUGCCCUUGACGAGCUUCGACGGCUGGUGGCAUGGCUUCAGGCUCAGGCUGGGAGCCUGUAUGAGCUGCCUCCUGGAUUCCCUACAACACCCACUGACAACAAACUGCAGAGGCAAGCAGCAGCAGCUGCGGCUGCAGCAGCUGCCGUCUCUACCUCAUCAGGCUCACCUGCUCCUAGACCAGCAGUCAGUGGAUAGGACCCAAUAUAAGUGGAUCUAAGUGGACUCAUAGGUGGUGCACAGUACUUUCUUUUUGGAUUCAAGGCUCAUACGAAGGACAGUUUGAAUUUAGUGUAAUGUUGGCAAAUAGCAGUGAUAGCUGUAUGAUGAAGUACCAUUGUAAGCGGUCACAGGACAUGGUGCUCUCAAUAGAAUUUUUAAAACUAUCGAAAUGGAAUACAUCUAGGAGGCAAUAAAAUAGUGGUAGGUAUAUUUUUAUUAGGAAGUGUUCAGUUGAUACACUCAUAUUUUGCUGAAGCCUAUGUGGGACAUCAUUUAAAUCUGAUAACUUUGUAGGAGUGAAGAAUGGGACAGCUAUUUUUGUGUUAUCACUUUAAUGAAUCCUCAACUGUGCUCAGAAAAUUCUGAAAGCACUAUUGUCAGUCUAUAAGCUGGUAGUGUAUUACUAUGAUAAUUUCUAAAAUUACUGUCAGGGCACUGGCUGUGACUUUGUCGCACAUGUUUUAGAUAAGAUGUAAAUAUUUAGUACCUACUCAAUUGCAGUAUUCUAUACAAUGUAAUGCUCUGCUUAAGUCUUUGUAACUGCCUGGCACUGUCAUGAAUGUACCUGGUACAGUAAACAUUGCAAAAAUAUAGCCAGAAUACAAAAAACAACCUGUUACCUCUUUUGUAGUUUUAAAUUAAUUUACUACUAAUUUAAUGAACCAUAGCUUGCAUUUUGCUGUUUAUGCAAAAAAUGAUGGUUUGAUGACAGACUGAUUUCUGGGAAUGGUGGUGGCUGAAAGUGGAUUACGAUUGGUGAAAGAGAUACUUGUAUGAUUUAGUGGAUAAAUAGAACUAUCCAAUAGACCAUUAAAUGUCUCAAAACUAGUAAUGGUUCAUUAAGUAAGUAAGUAGAAUAAAGGAAAAAAAAUGUUGUUUAUUCAUUGCCUUCACCACUACUAAAACAUUUCUAAUUAAUGAGAUUUAGUUCUAAAUGCAAAACUUCUCUUCAUCCGUACAGUAUAAAAUUACACAUCCAGUUAUAAUACAAGUUCAAUUUGCAGAUAAAAUUAUGAAUGGCUUACAUGGGUUCACAGAGUUAUUUCAACAUUAGAAUGUGAUAUCAUUCAAUCACCGAAUGAGUGUUGUGGAAAGGUAUAAUUGAUUGCUGUUAAUUGACCACUUUUCCCAGCAAUAUGGCUGCUAUUGUUUAAGAUAUAGAGAGAAUAAUACUGACAUAAUCAAUAUAACAAUAACACAGCUUCUCAUUAUUUAAUGAGCUUGUUGUCAAAAACUUUGCAGCAUAUUUUUAUUAGUGACAGUUGUUUUCUUGGCAAAGUAACAAGCAAUUUACUACAGUAGCUCCUCAGUCGAAAUCCUGCUGUGCACAUGGUUUUCUCUCAUCACAGUAACCGCGAUGAAAGUAAUAGUGGGGAUGUAUCAAUAACUAUAUUUAAACUGUGAUAUUAACUAAUCAAACAAUGGAAAGUCUGCUUGUUAGUCAUUAGCUGUCUCAUGCAUCUUCCCACCACCACCUACUUAGCCUGGUCACAGGCAUCUCCUAUCCCAUCAAAUUCAGGGCUACCUUUGAAAGCACUCAUGUGAUCUAAAAACUCCACUGCAAUCACUGUGCUGCUUUCUAUAGGGGCAUGAUAAAUAAUGAACUGUCUAUCCAGUGGCCAAGAGACAGCUGGACCACCCAGCUUCUGAACAUGCUGUCCAGCACAAUGUGCUUUACUUCAGUGACUGCUCUACAGCAUGCAUCAUCUGGAGCCUUCCUACCAACACCAGCUUUUCUGAAUUGUUCAGAUGGGGAACUCUCCCUGCAAUAUAUUCUUCAUUCCUGUAACCCUCUUUGCCUCAACUUGAGAUA